AUGCCGCAAAUGCUCAAGACUCGGCGUUUCCUGUCGUGGCUAUGCACCUUGCUGGGACUCACCUGGAAAGAUCAUGGACCUCUAGAAGGAGAACUGGUGGACCACUUGAUCGAACAGGUUGACAACAACCAAGCAGACCUUAUGCCAGCAUGGAUUAAGAAAGUCCACAGCCCCUUUGCGGCUUUCUCUGUCGUCCAAGCAUCGCCCACAAUAUCGUUACGAAGUCCGGAAACGCCAGAGACUUCCAUGGAACGUUUUCUCUUUCAUCAUUACACCACGCAUGUCGCAAAGAUCAUGAUGCCCUAUGACCACCCAUUCAACCCAUGGAUACAGCAGUACCCAGCAGCUGCUCUCGUCUGCCGGGGUUCGACGGACCAUGCACUGUACGAUGCGUUACUGGCUCAUGCGGCGUAUAAUCUGUCCGAGUUGUACGGUAAAGAUGGCAAAAUGCUCUAUCAAGCAACGCGGUACUACGAAAAGGCUAUCCAAAAGAUAUUAGCACGGAUUGGGGGCAAGAGCUCGGGGUUUGCUACGACUUUUGCAUCCAUUCUUACGCUCGUGUUGGUCGAAGUUUACAGCGGGAAUGCCUCGAAAUGGAGACAGCAUCUACACGGCGCCAAUACGCUGGUCAGACAACUCGAAGCGAUAUGGAGGGACUUGAGUCCGUCAAAACAUCGGUGCAGAGUAUGCAUAUAA